AACAAUAGUAUGUUGAAGCGCAUCAUAGAGUGAUUAAUGGCUAAUCUGUCGCAUUGCGACAAAAUUUAAACAAACCAAGAUUGGGUAGAUAUUGUUAUUGUUUGAAAUGAGAUGUUGAACACCUAUAAUCAUCUAAUGGCAAUGGCAAAUCAACUUACAAAUGAACGAAUAGCAGAGCUUAAGGAGGGGUUCAGCCUGUUUGACAAGGACGGAGAUGGAAGCAUCGCAACCAAAGAUCUAGAAACCGUCAUGAGGUCCCUGGGCCAGAACCCGACAGACUUUGAACUACAGGACAUGAUCAACGAGGUGGACGCUGACGGAAACGGAACAAUCGAGUUUCCCGAGUUCCUGACGUUGAUGGCGCGGAGGAUGAAGGAUACGGAAAGCGAGGAGGAGAUACUAGAGGCCUUCCGGGUAUUUGAUAAGAAUGGCGACGGAUUUAUAAGUUCGGUGGAACUACGAAACGUGCUGACAAAUUUGGGCGAAAAGUUAACUGAGGAAGAGGCCCAGGAGAUGAUAAAGGAGGCUGAUAUAGACGGGGACGGACUUGUCAGCUAUGAGGAGCUUAAGGAGGCGUUCAGCCUGUUUGACAAGGACGGAGAUGGAAGCAUCGCCACCAAAGAGCUGGGAACCGUCAUGGGGUCCCUGAGACAGACCCCGACCGAGGUCGAGCUUAAGGAUAUGAUCAACGAGGUGGACGUUGACGGCAACGGGAUAAUCAACUUUCCCGCGUUUCUGACGAUGAUGGCGCGGAAGAAGAAGGAUACGGAAAGCGAGAAUAAAAUAAGCGACGCCUUCCGGGCGUUUGAUAAGGAUAGCAACGGAUUUAUAAGUCCGGCGGAACUACGUCACGUGAUGACAAAUCUUGGCGAGAUGUUAACUGAGGAGGAGGUUGACGAGAUGAUAAGGGCAGCGGAUAUGGACGGGGACGGACAGGUGAACUUUGAGGAGUUUAAGGAGACGUUCAACCUGUUUGACAAAGACGGAGAUGGUCUCAUCACCACAAAAGAGCUGGGAACCGUCAUAAGCUCCCUGGGUCAGAACUUGCCCGAGGCUGAACUACAGGGCAUGCUUAAUGAGGUGGAUUUCGAUGGCAACGGGACAAUCGACUUUCCCGAGUUUCUGACGAUGAUGGCGAGGAAUAUGAAUAAAACUGACAGCGGGGACGAGUUACUGGAAGCCAUCCGAAUGUUUGAUAAGAAUGGCGACGGAUUUAUAAGUUCGGAGGAGCUACGUCAGGCGGAUCAACUGACAAAGAAACAAGAUGCUGAGUUUAAGGAGGUGUUCGAUCAGUUUGACAAGGACGGAGAUGGAAAAAUCUCCACCAAAGAGCUGGGAACCGUAAUGAGGUAUCUGGGCCAGAACCCGACCGAGGCUGAACUUAAGGAUAUGAUCAACGAGGUAGAUGCUGACGGCAACGGGAGUAUUGACUUUCCUGAGUUCAAGACUAUGAUGAUGCGAAAUAUGAAAGAACGGGACAGCGCGGAGGAGCUGAAGGCAGCAUUCCGUAUGUUUGAUAAAGAUUGCAACGGUUAUAUAAGUCCGGCAGAACUUCGCUAUGCGAUGACAAUGUUGGGAGAGAGGUUAACUGACGAGGAGGUGAACGAGAUGAUAAAGGAGGCAGAUAUUGACGGGGACGGGCAGGUCAAUUAUGAGGAAUUUGUCAAGAUGAUGGCUUAACAUUGAAAUCCAUGACUUUUGUAUGCAGUUUGUAUAACCAUCAUGCAAGAGCAGUUUUCUGAAGGACAUACAUUGAUAGUAAUGUUUGCCAAUUCAUUACUCAAUGCUACAUAUUGUUCUUAAGAUAAUUCGAUUAAAUAAUGAAUCAUUUUA